UUGAUCCCCUUUUCGUAACAAAACCGCGUGCAUGUUUCGAUUUUAGUGCGGUCCUUGCGGUGCGAUUGGUAAUUCUUCCAAUUUCUGGUGCAAAAGUUCAAUUAAUUCGGUUCAUUCAACGGUAAUUCUACCGUAAUUCCACACAAUGAGUGCUGGCCAGUUCGACGAUGCGUUGGACGACACCACGGAGUCGUUGAACAUCAUCGCUAUCAGCAAGCCGAAAGUCGAAGUGAUAGUCGAGGAUGAAAUCGAGGCGCCCCAAUCUGCAGAAGUGGCCAUAGCGGAUGCGAUUUUUGGGAAUUCCAGAUACCGUUCGGAGGUGCAGUAUUCUGAGGACGAGGAGGACUACAGUGGAAGUGAUGACGAGUUUUAUUCCUUCGAUGUGGAUAAUGUACGGAAGAACCAGGCCGCUAACAUGCAACAGUCACACACGAAUGUCCAAAGCUCCAGUCAGAAAAUAUCCAACUUCCAACCGGCAGAUGCCUUGUUCAAGAAGUUCACGAACAAAAUCAACGUGGAAAAGUAUGAAGGUCCGCUGGCGUUGCCGAAUCAUGCUAAAAACACACUUAUUGAAACUCAGCGGAAGGCGGACAGCGAUCGACUUCGGAGCAAGGAUAAACAGGAUCGAGCCACGGCGGAACAGGUCAUGGAUCCCAGAACCAGAAUGAUACUUUUCAAGCUGCUGAACCGUGAUAUGAUUUGCGAAAUAAACGGAUGUAUCUCGACCGGAAAGGAAGCCAACGUUUACCAUGCGACGGCCAAAACCGGAAUGGACUACGCCAUAAAAAUCUUCAAAACUUCUAUUCUGAUCUUCAAAGAUCGAGACAAGUAUGUAACGGGUGAAUAUCGGUUCCGCCAUGGCUACAGCAAGCACAAUCCGCGAAAAAUGGUCCGGACAUGGGCCGAAAAAGAGAUGCGAAAUCUCGUACGGAUGAAGAAAUGUGAUCUUCCCGUGCCGGAACCGAUUCUCCUACGAAGCCACGUUCUGGUGAUGGAAUUCAUUGGAAAAGAAGGAUGGCCUGCUCCGAAGCUUAAAGACGUCGAGCUGAGCAGCUCCAAAGCCCGAGAACUGUACCGGGACGCUGUCGAAAUGAUGUGGGCAAUGUACAGCAAGUGCAAACUGGUGCAUGCCGACUUUUCCGAGUUCAAUCUCCUUUAUCACAAUGGGAAAAUCGUAAUCAUCGAUGUGUCCCAAUCCGUGGAACACGAACAUCCCCAUGCUCUGGAGUUCCUGCGGAAGGAUUGCACCAACAUAACAGACUUUUUCCGGAAGAAGGAUGUGUCCACAAUGACGGUGAAAGAGCUGUUCGACUUCAUUACCGAUCCUACCAUUACGGAUGCCAACAUGGAGGAAUGCUUGGAGAAAAUGUCGGAGAAGAUUGCCAAUCGCAGCUUCGACGAGUUUACCGAGCAGCAAAAGCUAGAGGAAGCGAUAUUCAAACAGAUUUUCAUUCCCAAGACGCUGCAUGACGUGUACGAUAUAGAAAAGGACAUCUUCGAAAAGAAGAACAAGGAUGAUUUGGUUUAUAAAACCAUUGCGGGAUUGGACGGCAACUUGAAGGUGGCCAAAAAUCCGGAAAUUCUGCACGACGUGCAGAGUGAAGAUCAACCCUCCAGGGAAGAAGUUCUAUCACAAGACGCAUCAAGCGAAAGUGACAGCUCCGAAGACGAAGACGAAGAAAAUGAUGAAACAUCGAAAAAAUCCGCAGCUAUUCGGGCGAAGAACGAAACGGCAGAAGAACGCAAAGCACGUAAAAAAGCUGUUAAAGAUGAAAAAGCAGAAAAGCGUAAAACAAAAGUGAAAAAGCACAUAAAGAAGCGGAAAGAAAAGAUGAGCGGCGGUAAAAAGUAGAGUGAUAUUGUUGAAUAAAAACCGAUUUGUAAUUCUGUAUAUAAGUACGGAAACUAUCUACGUUUUGUGUAGUCUCUUGAUGUAUAUUUGGUUCGAUAAGUUUCUCCGGAAAGAAAAAGAACCUCCCU